AUGAACGCCUCAUUCCUCUUCGUCCUUCUCCUGUCCGUCAUCGCCUUCACAGCGGACGCCCAAUGCGGCCGCUCCUGCCGGUUCCGCCUCUGCCGCACCGACGGCUCCUUGCGUCCGACGGGCACGCGCGUCCUUCUCCGCGGGGCUGACUACACGCGCUCAGCAUCCGUCUGCCGUAACUUCCCGGGCGGCCGGACGCUCGGCAGCAUCCGCAAAACUGGCGUUGCCCUCGUUGAAUCGGGCUCACGCACCACCCCCAUCAACAGGUACAGGCCAAACGGACUGAGCCACCCGUUCCCGCCAAACUACUUCCGUCUUUCCCCUCUCACGUUCCAGCGCGAACUCAGGGGUGUCUCCCGCCGUAGCCCUGUGGGUAACCAGGAGGACUUCCUCGACGACCUCUGCAUCCGUCUUCCGAUCCGCAACUACAACAUUCAGAACACCGAUGGGUCCGUGUUCCGCACGAUCGCGACGUCCGACGCCAGGGACUGCGUCUCAUUCCAGACGGUUGUGCGGCCGAUCGUGGUGGACGUGGCGUGGGAUUCGUCCGAUGAUUUCGACCUUUCCGUUGAUGGGCCGCCGGGCUCCCAGGGAGGACGUAUCAAUGACAACUUGGUGUACCAGUGCGGCAACUUGCCGGCCGGCAAGGAAGCUGUGUCGUUCACGAACAUGGUUCCAGGGAAGUACACUGUCAAGCUGUUCCAUUUCAACAACUGCUUCAAUAACCGCACAAGGUGGGUAGUCAACAUUGUGAUCAACGGAGUCAGGGUUGAACGCAGGUUGGGCCGCUCGAACGUGGACGGCAGGCAGGUUCUUGAGCUCGAGUUCACUGUCUAA